AUGGCGAAGACGCUCCGGGGCUCCAUGGGGUCAAUACUCAGGGCGCUGUUCAUCGGCACGCUGAUUCUCUUGCUGCUGCUAUAUACCCGGAAGAUCUUUCCGGUCGAUGCCUCCUCGCAACCGGCGAGGGAGCCUCAGGAUGUCCAACAGGGGAAGCCGCCGUCAGACCUCCCGCCGUAUAGCUACCGGACCCAGAAUAUUGUCGCCUCGGACAAGGUCAUUGUGACUCCCAAGCAGAGGACGGACAGCAUCGACUGGAUGCGAGGGUUCUGUCGAGAAUUUGGAUGUGCCAUCGUCCCCUACAGCAUGGAUCCCGAGCCAGAACCGGGCAUGUGGAUACCGGAGACCACGCAGGGGCACGAGGCGGGUGCAUAUCUGUCGUACAUGGUUGAAUUCUACAACGAUCUCCCGGCAUACUCCAUCUUCAUCCACAGCAACGAGGAGCAGUGGCACAAUGACAUGUUUGGACCCAGGACCGCCGACUACCUGCGCAACCUGCGCUUCGAGGCCGUGGACGCCCAGGGCUUCGUGAACCUGCGUUGUACGACCGCGCCUCUUUGUCCGGACAGCUGGCAUCUUCUGAGCCCCCAGAAGCAGGAUCUCGACUACAUGUACCUGCUGGAUUACCUCCCGAAGAUCUACGCGGAGCUCUUCAACACCACCGAAGAUGCCGCGCCGCAGCGCACGGGGAAUCUCUGCUGCGCGCAGUUUGUGGUCAGCCGGGACAGAAUCCGUCGGCGGCCACGGAGUGACUAUGAGCGAAUGCUGCGGUGGGUGGCCACGACAGACGUCUCGGACAAUUACGGGAUAGGGUUUUUCAUGGAAAAAAUGUGGCAUAUUGUCUUUGGCUUGGAACCGGUGUACUGCCCGCGCUACGAGCAAUGCCGUUGUGACGUCUACGGCUGGUGUGGGCCAUUGCCCUCCGGCGAGGUCUUGACGCCAGUUACGGUCGACCGAUCAAGAACCGGAGGUUGA